AGGAAAGCAGAAGCAAGCCAAGGAGAAGAACGGUCCUUUUUUUUCUCUCUUUUUUGAGGAAAUGAAAGUGGGAAAUGAGAAAAAGUUGCAGCAGGCUUAGGCCAUGGCUUGGUGAUGAAAUGGGGAGAGAGGAGAAGGCAAGUCAAAAGAAGCUUAGGGAAGUAAGCUUUUUUUCCUAUUUUGGUUUUGUAAAAAAGGGGGAAUGAAUUUAAUUUAACGUCCACCAUUACAGGACAGCCCAUGCUAUAUAUAGCUCUUUGUACUCAUAACCUGUCAACACCCUCCGACCAACGUCGUCUCCGGACUCACAAAUUACAAUAUUUUUCUCUGUUUUUCCCCCAAAAAAAAAUCCCACCAACGCAUUCCCUUGAUUCCCUCUCUCUCUUUCUGCAAAUACCCUCUUGAACCCCUCCAAUCAUUCCCUCUCUUGAGGAAUAUUCGACCCAAAUUCUUGUAAGUUCUUAAUGGAUCAUCUUCAGAUACCAAAUAGAUGGUGGGGUUGUUGUUGGGUUUGAAGCUGAUUCAGGAUCGGGUUUGUGGGUGAAGUUUUUUGAGUUUCUUUUUAGUUGUUUGGAAGGGAAGAAAAGGAAAUUUUGUGGUGGUGAUGGAACAGAAACACAUUUUUCUGUCUGCUUUGGGUGUGGGGGUUGGAGUUGGGGUGGGCCUUGGAUUGAGCUCUGGCCAAGCCGUUGGGAAAUGGGUCGGAGGGAAUGGAUAUUCUGAUGAGAUUUCAGGGCAGACGAUUGAGCUGGAGCUGAUGAGGCAGCUGCUUGAUGGCAAAAACAGCAAUGUAACUUUUGAUGAGUUUCCUUAUUAUCUAUGCGGGAGGACUCGGGUGCUUUUGAUGAGUGCUGCAUAUGUUCAUCUAAAGCACUGCGACAUCUCCAAGCACACCAGAAAUCUAACGCCAGCAAGUCGGGCCAUUUUGCUCUCAGGACCGACAGAACCUUACCAGCAAAUGCUCGCCAAGGCACUGGCGCAUCACUUCAAAUCGAAGUUGCUGUUGUUAGAUGUUUCUGACUUUUCUUUAAAGAUGCAAAGCAAAUAUGGAUGUGCCAAGAAAGAAUAUUCAUUCAAGAGGUCCAUCUCUGAAGUGACGUUCGAGCGAAUGUCUAGCGUUUUAGGUUCCUUUGGGAUUCUUCCUACAAGUGGAAAUACUAGGGGCAAUUUAAGAAGGCAAAGCAGUACUACAGACAUCCAAUCAAGAAGCACCGAUGGCUCGUCUAAUCUUCCAAAACUUCGUAGAAAUGCUUCUGCUGCGUCUGAUAUUAGUAGUGUCUCAUCAAACUGUGCCUCAACAAAUCCAGCUUCUGUCAAGCGCACAAGUAGUUGGUGUUUUGAUGAGAAACUUUUUCUUCAGUCGCUUUAUAAGGUCUUGGUGUCGGUAUCGGAAAAUGGUUCCAUAAUUUUAUAUCUGAGAGAUGUUGAGAGACUUCUUCUUCAGUCACAGAGGCUGUACAAUAUGUUCCAUAGAUUUUUGGACAAGCUCUCAGGAUCAGUUCUAGUACUUGGUUCCCGAGUGGCAGACUUGGAAAACGAUUGUGGAGAUAUUGACGAUAGACUGACCAAUUUGUUCCGGUAUAGUGUUGAAAUUCGACCCCCUGAAGAUGAGAAUCAUCUUGUCAGCUGGAAAGCUCAAUUGGAAGAGGACAUGAAGAUUAUUCAGUUCCAAGAUAAUAAAAACCACAUUGCUGAAGUACUUGCUGCAAAUGAUCUCGAAUGUGAUGAUCUCGGUUCAAUCUGCCAUGCAGACACCAUUGUUCUCAGUAAUUAUAUUGAAGAAAUUGUCGUGUCUGCAAUAUCUUAUCAUUUGAUGAACAACCCAGAUCCAGAAUAUCGAAAUGGAAAACUUUUGAUACCAUCCAAGAGUUUAUCCCAUGGAUUGAGUAUAUUCCAGGAAGGAAAUAAUGAAGGAAAAGGCACUCUAAAGCUAGAGACAAAUGCAGAAUCAUCGAAGGAAGCGCAAGGGGACGAAGCUGUUGGUGCAAAAACUGAAUCUAAAUCUGAAAAUCCAGCUGCAGAAAACAGAAGCGAGGCAGAGAAAUCUGUUCCUAUAGUGAAGAAAGAUGUUGAGAAUGUGCCUCCACAAAAAGCACCUGAAAUCCCGCCAGACAAUGAAUUUGAAAAGCGUAUAAGACCAGAAGUUAUCCCCGCAAGUGAGAUUGGGGUGACAUUUGCAGACAUUGGUGCAAUGGAUGAGAUCAAAGAGUCUUUACAGGAAUUAGUCAUGCUUCCUCUUCGAAGACCGGACCUCUUUAAGGGCGGGCUUCUUAAACCUUGUAGGGGCAUUUUGCUUUUCGGCCCUCCUGGAACGGGUAAAACAAUGCUGGCAAAGGCCAUUGCUAAUGAAGCUGGAGCAAGUUUCAUCAAUGUUUCAAUGUCCACAAUCACUUCUAAAUGGUUUGGGGAAGACGAAAAGAACGUCCGGGCAUUGUUUACACUCGCAGCAAAGGUCUCGCCUACAAUUAUUUUUGUGGAUGAAGUUGAUAGCAUGCUCGGGCAGCGGACUAGAGUGGGUGAGCAUGAGGCAAUGCGGAAGAUUAAAAACGAAUUCAUGACACACUGGGAUGGACUGCUGACUAGAAACGAUGAGCGAAUACUAGUUCUUGCUGCAACCAACAGACCAUUUGACCUCGAUGAAGCAAUCAUUAGGCGGUUCGAGCGCAGAAUUAUGGUGGGUCUUCCAUCAAUUGAGAGCAGGGAAUCGAUCUUGAGAACACUUCUAUCAAAGGAAAAGGCUGAAGAUCUUGAUUUCAAGGAGCUCGCAACUAUGACGGAAGGAUACAGUGGAAGUGAUCUCAAGAAUUUGUGCGUGACCGCAGCUUAUCGGCCUGUUCGGGAGCUGUUGCAACAAGAAAGAUCGAAAGAUUUGGAAAAGAAGCAGAGAGAGAGAGAGGAGAAGGAGAAAGAGAAGGAGAAAGAGGAGAAGGAGAAAGAGAAGGAGAAAGAGGAGAAGGAGAAGGAGGAGAAAGAGGAGAAAGAGGAGAAGGAGAAGGAGAAGGAGAAAGAUAAGGAGAAAGAGCAGGAGAAAGAGGAGAAGGAAAAUAGUUCGGAAGACGUUUCAGAUACGAGAGAGGAAGAAAAAGAGGAACAAGUGAUCAUUCUGAGGUCUUUAAAUAUGGAUGAUAUGAGGCAGGCAAAGAAUCAGGUUGCUGCAAGUUUUGCUUCAGAAGGAUCAGUGAUGAAUGAGUUGAAGCAAUGGAAUGAUUUGUAUGGAGAGGGAGGUUCAAGAAAAAAGCAACAGCUUACUUACUUCCUAUAGAAUGUAGAAGCAAGCUUGUUAUCUUAAACACGUAUGAGCAAGAGCGAGCGGACGUGAACGUUCAUGGAAAAGUGUGAUUCCUUUCGGGUGCAAAGUCAUGACAUCUGAUGGUAACUCUUCUAGCUUUAAGAUCUUGCAACGAGGCAAACUAGGGGGCAUGUUUCGUCGCCAAAUUAUGCGAUAUCGAUAUCAUUCCAGUCCUGUCUGUCAUUUGUUUCGAGUCGUAUGGUUAAAAAAUGGUUAUGAAUGAAUUCUUAGGCCAUUGUUGAAGUCAAAUCGUUUACCUCAUCUCGUUAAAGAUUGUAAUCACGAUGUUAUCAAUGAAUUCUUAGUGCACGACAUCUGAGAAUGCAUAAUGUACUGUGAAAAUGUGGAGCAAAUAGUCAGAUUUGUUUGAUUUAUUUUAGACUGUGGGAAGAUACAAUAGGAUUUGUACAUCAUUUAUGUGUAAUUUUAUGUAUUCAAACUAUAAAGGUUGUAGCGAGUGUAUCAUA